AUGAACAGCCCCCCGGUUAGGGCAUACGAAAGCCCUCUACAGAUACACGAUAUCUCAUCCACUACGCCCACAUACCUUGCCUUAACCAAAAUUGUCUCGACGCUUGCCCUCUUGCUCCUGGGUUACUAUACCCUCACUUUUCUCGAUGCCUGGCCCGACACGCUCAAGCGGACCAUCUUCGAGAUUUUCGUCUACCUCAUGCCUUCCCCAUUCAUCUCCAUCAUGCAGUAUGGAAUGGUGAGAUUGGGGCUUCUGCACCUAGACGAGGCCAAGUUUCAGCAGCAACAUCAUGGCGACAUGUUUGCCAAACAGGCCGCUCUCCAUAGAAUGUUUGGACAAAGGAAACUCCCCUUCGCGCUCGGGCGGGUCGGUAGUGUUUCAGGUGUCGGUGGAUAUCUUUCAAUCCCACGGGACCCUACGCCACCGGGUCUUGGGAACUGGGACAAUUCAUGCUACCAGAACAGUGUGCUUCAAGGACUGGCAUCACUGCCCGCCUUCCACCACUAUGUGCGGACGAGUCUGGACCUCUGCAAUAGAUAUAAUGUGGCGGCAGAGACACAUCGAGCCUUGGAUGUGCUCCUCGAACAACUAGCCGAGUCAAGCUCUCAGCGGACGGUGUUGUGGACACCCUCCAUUCUAAAGUCAAUGGACAGCUGGCAACAGCAGGAUGCCCAAGAAUACUUCUCCCGAGUCCUGGAAGCCGUGGAAAAGGAAUCUCUUAAAUAUGCCAGGGCGAUCAGAAUGUCUUCGAUGGCAGGCUUGGAGUGCCUUCGAUCUGUAGGACCUCAAACAAAGGAAAAUACCGUCAGUGAUGAGCCACCCUCAUCUGACACCAAGCUCGGUCUCAGGAAUGUCCCAUCUGCCACUGGUGGUCGUGCCCAGCUACAAGCACCAAAUCCGAUGGAUGGGAUGACUGCUCAAGGAUUGAUAUGCAAGACGUGUAGCUACACCGAGGGACUGUCACUUACCCAGUUCACCUGUCUGACACUGAAUCUGGGACUAAGAGGACUGUCUAGCAUCGAGGAUUUGCUGGAUGAUUACACGGCUCCGGAAGAAGUCGACGGGGUCGAAUGUGAUCGCUGUACAAGACUUGCAUACGGCGAGGCUGAUGAUCAGCCUGGUGUUGAGCCCGUGAGGAAUGACGCGAUUUCAACGACGAAGCCACAACAACCCAAACAGAGAAGACCGAUACUGCGAACCAAAGCAAAGCAGAUCACUGUAGGUAGGUUGCCAAAAGACCUCGUGUUUCACAUCAAUCGCAGCAUAUUCGACGAUUUUGGGAAUCAGAAGAAGAACAGUGCACCCAUUUCCUUCCCGGCUACUCUCAAUUUCUUGAGUCGAUGGUGUGCGCCCUUGAAUGUUGAGGAUGAAAGAGUCGAUGCGGUGUAUGAACUGAAAUGUGUGGUUACGCACUACGGCCGACACGACAAUGGACACUAUGUUGCACUUGGGAAACGAGAUAAGAACUGGUAUUCCUUCAACGACGAUAUCGUCACCAAAACUACAGAAGGAGACGUUCUGAGUCGGGGUAAUGGUUUCAUCUUUUUCUACGAAGCUGUAACACAAGUACCAGACUACAGCGUAGCUGGAACACAAGCAGGGGCCGUCGCAGAAUCGACACAUCCCAGUGAGACUCGUCUGGGUACACCUACCGAACGUUCUGUGACAUCCGAGCGGCCAAUCCACGAUACACAGCCGGCGACCAAGGUGCAGGUUGACGGGGAGGCAGACCACAUACCGAUCCCUGGGCCGCAAGCCUCAGGAAGCUCGAAUACUGCAAGCUCUGACUCGGAGUCAUCGUCUCUUUCUAGUGCAGAAGGAGUCAUUAGCCCACAGACCGACAAGCCCGUCCCGGUAAUGAGGACAGCUACAGAAACCAGGUUGCCGGGGCAUCGGCAUCGGCAGCAGGACCAGGUUCAUAGCAUUGCUUUAGGAUCUGCGUUCUGA